AUGUCUGAAUCUUUCCAGAAGGCCGCCGAGGACUCCAAGAAGCUUACCUCUAAGCCCAACACCGACGAUCUUCUCAGGCUCUACGGUAGAAUCUCCGUGAUCCCUAUCUUCGACCUCUCAGCUAACGGCAAGGCCAAGUACAACGCCUGGAAGAAGGCUGCCGAGGAGGAGAAGCUCACCCCCGAUGCCGCUCAGGCCAAGUACGUUGAGCUGGUUGAGGAGCUCAAGGAGAAAUGCGGCUACGAUGCCAACAAGGUCCCCGAGGCCGUUGGCAACUAA